GGACAAGCUGGUAAAAGAAGAUGAAGCGUGUAUUUUCUCUAAGUGAAAAAGGCUUACUUGGGUCCCCCAUCCAGUAUGCUUGGCAGAAGACAUUAGGAAAUUAUAUUGCAGUUACUGGUGCGGAUCAUACAGUUAAGAUCUACGACCGACAUGGGCAAAAGAAAAAUGAAAUUAAUUUACCGGGUGCGUGUUUUGCUAUGGACUGGGAUAAAGAUGGGAACACUUUGGCUAUCAUUGCUGACAAAUCUAGUUCAAUUUAUCUGUGGGAUCCCAAUACAACAAAAACCAACCAGUUGGACAGUGGCAUGAGGGAACAGCUGUCUUUCUUGUUGUGGUCAAAAGCUGCCACAUUUCUAGCAGUUGGCACAUCUAAAGGAGGAAUGCUGAUUUAUAAUCUCCAGACCUCUCGUAAGAUCCCUGUGCUUGGUAAACACACCAGACGUAUCACAUGUGGCUGCUGGAGUUCACAAAACCUCCUUGCACUUGGGAGUGAGGAUAAAAUGAUUACGAUCAGUAACCAGGAGGGGGAUACAAUUAGACAGACCACUGUGAGAUUGGACCCCAGUGAUAUCCAGUUUUCUGUAAUGAAGACAGACGAGCGAGCCUCACCAGGAGAGAGCACGAUUAGUGUGGUUGUUGGGAAGAAAACCUUGUUUCUGUUCAACCUGAAUGAUCCGGACAACCCAAUAGAGCUGGCGUUCCAGCAGCGCUAUGGCUCCAUUGUGUCUCACAAGUGGUAUGGCGACGGGUACAUCAUGAUUGGUUUCUCCAUGGGAUUCUUUGUUGUGAUCUCCACACAUAUGCGUGAAAUUGGCCAGGAGCUUUUCCAAGCGCACAACCACAAGGAUAAUCUGUCAAGUAUUGCAAUUUCACAAUCCCUUAACAAGGCAGCAUCAUGCGGUGACAGCAACAUAAAAAUCCAUGAUUUGACCGAACUGAAAGAAAUGUACGCCAUCAUAAACUUGGAUGAUGAAACUAAAGGUUUAGAUAAGCUUUCCUGGACAGAUGAUGGCCAGUUAUUAGCUGUAUCAACACAGCGAGGAUCGCUCAACGUCUUCUUAACAAAGCUGCCAGUUCUAGGAGAUACGUGCGGCACAAAGAUUGCGUAUCUCACCUCUCUUCUGGAGGUUACGGUUGCUAAUAAUGUUAAAGGGGAACUGCCAACUACAGUGUCUGUUGAAGUGGAGCCAAAUUUUGUGGCUGUGGGUCCCUAUCAUUUAGCUGUGGGGAUGAACAACAGAGCUUGGUUUUAUGCACUUACAGAAAAUGGUGCAGAGAAGCUGAAGGAUGUGGAGUACUUAGGGUCGGUUACCAGGAUGUGUCUAAAUUCAGAUUAUGCUGCAGCUCUAUUUGAGGGCAAAGUACAGCUUCAUUUGAUUGAAAACGAGAGUUCAGAUGUUCAGGAAGAAAGAGAGACACGUCUUUUUCCAACAACAGAUGAGAAAUGCCGAAUUUUAUGCCAUGUUUUGACUGGAGAUUUUCUGAUUUAUGCAACAGAUACUGGACUCAUUAAAUAUUUCUACCUUGAGGACUGGCAAUAUGUUAAUGAAUAUCGUCAUACAGCAAGUGUAAAGAAAAUCUUUCCGGACAUCACUGGAACUAGAUUGGUUUUUAUUGAUGAGAAAACAGAUGGUUUUGUCUACUGUCCGCUUAAUGACAGCGUGUAUGAGAUACCAAACUUCUCGCCGGCCAUUAAAGGCAUUUUAUGGGAACACUGGCCAAUGGAUACUGGUGUCUUCUGUGCAUAUGAUGAGGAUAAAGUCUAUGCAUAUGUCCUUCAUAAUGACACAAUACAAGGUUCAAAAGUAAUCUGGGCAGGAGGAACCAAGCUUCCAUUUUCUCACAAGCCUGUCUUGCUCCACAAUGGAGAAUUGACCUGUCAGACCCAGAGUGGAAAACUAAGUGAAGUUCUUCUAAGUACUCACAGUUUCCUCAGUAAUGUAAAAAAUGCAUCACCAAAUGACUUAAAGAAAAUGUUGACACAGACUUUGAUGCUGAAGAGAUUUCCGGAUGCCUGGGAUGUAUGUAAACUGUUAAAUGAGCAAUCAAGUUGGAAUGAGCUUGCCCGAGCCAGUCUGCAUCACAUGGAGGUGGAGUUUGCCCUGCAUGUUUAUCGUAGCAUUGGAAAUGUGGGCAUGGUAAUGUCUCUGGAGCAAAUAAAGGACCUGGAAGAUCACAACCUUAUAGCAGGACAUCUUGCUAUGUUUACCAGCGACUUCAACUUGGCUCAAGAUCUUUACCUGGCAUCAAGCUGCCCUGCUGCUGCACUUGAGAUGAGACGGGUCUUGCAGCACUGGGACAUUGCCCUGCAGCUGGCUAAACGCUUGGCUCCUGAACAGAUCACGUUUAUUUCAAAAGAGUAUGCCAUGCAGCUUGAGUUCACGGGAGAUUAUGUAAAUGCACUUGCUCACUAUGAAAAAGGAAUCACUGGUGAUAACAAGUUCCAGGAACAUGAUGAAACAUGCUUAGCUGGAGUAGCUCGAAUGUCAAUUUGCAUGGGGGAUAUCCGUCAUGGUGUGAAUCAGGCUCUCAAGCAUCCAAGCAGGGUACUGAAAAAGGAUUGCGGUGCCAUUUUGGAGAACAUGAAGCAAUUCUCAGAAGCAGCCCAGUUGUAUGAGAAGGGGCAGUAUUAUGAUAAGGCAGCUUCUGUGUAUAUUCGUUGCAAGAACUGGGCAAAGGUUGGAGAGCUACUUCCACAUGUAUCUUCUUCUAAGAUCCACUUACAAUAUGCAAAAGCUAAGGAAGCUGAUGGAAGGUAUAAAGAAGCUGCCCUGGCUUAUGAAAAUGCUAAAGAUUGGGAUAAUGUGAUCCGUAUCUACCUGGAUCACUUAAAAAACCCUGAAAAAGCAGUGGGGAUUGUGAAAGAGACUCAGUCAUUGGAAGGAGCCAAGAUGGUAGCAAGGUUUUUCCUACAACUAAAUGACUAUGGGUCAGCGAUUCAGUUUCUGGUAAUGUCCAAGUGUAACGAUGAGGCAUUCCAGCUCGCGCAGCAGCACAACCAGAUGGAGAUUUAUGCUGAUAUUAUUGGAUCUGAGAAUACUAGUAAUGAAGAUUAUCAAAGUAUCGCCUUGUAUUUUGAGGGAGAAAAGAAGCAUUUCCAGGCCGGGAAGUUUUUCUUACUGUGUGGGCAACAUGCAAGAGCACUUAAACACUUCCUUAAAUGCCCAAACACAGAUGAUAACAUUGCAAUUGAAAUGGCGAUUGAAACAGUUGGGCAAGCAAAGGAGGAGAUCCUGACCAACCAGCUUAUUGACUACCUGAUGGGUGAAAGUGACGGGAUGCCUAAGGAUGCAAAAUAUCUAUUUCGUUUGUACAUGGCAUUGAAACAAUAUAGAGAAGCAGCCAGGACUGCAAUUAUAAUAGCCAGAGAGGAACAAUCAGCAGGUAAUUAUAGAAAUGCACAUGAUGUCCUCUUCAGUAUGUACACAGAGCUGAGAACGCAGAAAAUUAAAAUUCCAUCGGAGAUGGCCACCAACUUGAUGAUCCUGCACAGUUAUAUUUUAGUUAAGAUCCAUGUUAAACGUGGUGACCAUGUGAAAGGUGCACGUAUGCUGAUCCGCGUGGCCAACAAUAUUAGUAAAUUCCCUUCCCACAUUGUCCCAAUCCUGACCUCUACAGUGAUCGAGUGCCAUCGAGCAGGCCUGAAGAACUCUGCCUUCAGUUUUGCAGCUAUGCUCAUGAGACCAGAGUAUCGUAGUAAGAUUGAUGUCAAAUACAAGAAAAAGAUAGAGGCAAUGGUUAGACGACCAGACAAUUCAGAGAUAGAGGAAGAAAGCACUCCCUGCCCAUUCUGUGGAUUCCAGCUCCCAGAAUGUGAACUUCUAUGUCUUGGCUGCAAGAACAGUCUCCCAUAUUGCAUUGUAACCGGUCGGCACAUGGUUAAAGAUGAUUGGUGUGUUUGUCCACACUGUGAUUUCUCUGCUCUUUAUUCAGAGUUCAAAAAAUUGCUGGAGUCUGAAACCACUUGCCCGAUGUGCUCAGAGAAAGUGACUGGCAGCCAGCUGAAGAGAGUGCUUGAUUGCACAAUGUAUCUCAAGCAAGAGCAGGAAGAUUAACAGGUUUAAUGCUUCUAACCUUUUGGACUUCAGAUCUCACAUCAGUUGUUUAAAAUUUAAAUUUUUUAUUACAAUGUUUAUUACCUAUUUUUGUAGAUACGAAUGACUGUAUAUAACUAUAAAUAAUAACAAAAAAUUGGUAUACUUCUUUAAUUGUAAUAUUAUUUAAUAAAAAAAAUAAAUCUG